AUGAGGGUAUAAAUAAGCAAUCAUAAUUCUUGUUGUCGCUCGACCUCGCAUCAUUUAAUUUCUGAAUAUUUAUUAACUAAUUAUGAGGUAUUGUUUUAAUUCAAAUAAUUAAAGUCGCGACAAAAUUAUCUAGUUAAAAUAAAUAUUCAAUUUCUAUUAUAUAUAUAUUACAUGUAUAUAUAUAUACGUUUCUUAAAAAUUGUACUUGUAUAAAUUAUUGUUUAUUUAUAAAAAUAGAUCAAACAUAUACUGUUGUUAUGUCUAGUAUUAUUAUCUGACAAGGUAAUGUUAAAACUUGCAAUAAUUUGUAAGCUCCAUGGGCAGUAACAUGCGGUGUGCACGUAUAUAAAAAAAGAAGAGUCAUUGGUCAAUUCAUAGAUAUUUUUCGAGAAAUAAAUUAUUUCGUUAGUAUAUACGAUUAAAAAAAAAAAAAAAAAAAAACAGAAAAGGACAAAAAUUUACAUUAUUAGAAAAUUUUUGAAGCGUGAUUUGCAGUGAUGCUCAAAAUUUUCUCUUUGUGCACUGAUAUUACUUACAAACUGAUAUUACCUCUAGCAACCACAAAAUGUAUGAUAAAUCGAAAGAAACGAAGCAAAUGCAUUUCAUUUUGGUUGUAGAGGUAAAAUCGUUUUAAACUCAAUUGUUAUACGCAUAUCUGCGAUGGUAAAAUGUUUCCUUCUUGCUCGAUAAUAUCAAAAUAUAAACUAUAUGUUUCUGAAUAUAAACAAUAAAUUUGUGUAAUGAAUACGUGGAAAAUGAAUGAAUGUCUGAAUCUUGUUUGUACACAGGUUCGAUGGAUGCAAAGUUUCGGCUAUCAAAUAGCAAAAUUUUAUAUGAACGUGACUGAAUGCGUGAACGCGUGAUUCUGUUUAGAUAUCUUUCUAUAAACGUAUUUGUUAUAAAACGCAUGUAAAUUUAUUUGUAACACAUGCAGCGAAUAUGUCGAUCGAUUGUUAGCAGGGCUCAGAUUUCUGUGAUCCAAAAUUUACAUCUGUGUGUUUUUAAUUUCUUUUUUCAAAAAUUUUAAAAAUUUGAACAUUUCUGCUAUAUAAAAUGGGACGAUAAUUUCAUUCAUUCAAAGUACUUUUUCUUUUUUCUUUGUUUAUAUUUAUUAUAACGUAAAUAAUACGUUGUUGAUGUAACAAUAAUUCCUUUUGUUAUUAAUAUAUAAUCUACGAUAGAAUGUUAUAAAAUUUCAACUUAUUUCGAAAUUAUUUGAUUUAAUAUUGAACGUUUAAACUAAAAAUUUCUGUAUCUUAAUUUUUUAUGAUUUUGAGUAAUCAUUCAUAGUAAUACAUUUAUACAUAUUAUUUAUUAGGAUAUCUCAGUUGAAUAAAAUUAUUAUUAAAAUUGAGAAAAUAAAAUAUACAGUUGACAAAGAAACUUUAAAAAAUAUUGUUGAAAUUUCUAGAAAAAAAGUUAGAAAAUUAAUGUUGUCUAUGAAAUUAUUGGAAUUAUUAGAAGCAAAAAUCGAUUUUACAGUUUCUGGCGUUCUGAUUAUGCUUGAGAUUAGUGGACAAAACACGUGUAUGCGAGGUAGAAAUCGCAAGCCGUAUGAAAUGUUGUUCAGAAUCCAGUUUCCAAGUUUUACUGCUCUCGCGUCAUAUUUAUUACCAAUAGGAACCGUGUACAAGUUUUCUGCACCUUCUGACUUUGACAGUAAGAUCGUUGUAAGAUGCGCACCGUCGUUGUUCAUUUAUCAAGUUGCAUAAAUGAAUAAUCGAUCAAACGAAUGAUGAAUUAUAAUACACCAAUGCUACCGCUGUAUUUGCACAUUAAGCUCGUUGUCGCUUGCCAGUAUUGCUCUUCUGUAUUCUUGCAUAAUUCUAACUGAUGAACAGCAAUCAUUAAAGUUUUUACAAGUGUGACUUGCCUGUAUUACAUUUCCGUUCGUAACCAGCCUGUUGUUGGACCAGCACGUUGCGGAAUUCUCUGCCAGACGGUUCCGUAUCCAUCCAUCCGGAUGCUGAGUAUCGCGAGCUAUCCUAAAAGCUUCUAGCAUAUGAGUUUUCUAGAAAAUAUUUCUCAUUGGAAAUUCACAGAAUUGUAUUUAAAUUGUAAUACUAACUGGCUGUGCCUCUAGAACGAAUACCACGUCGUCAAGAAAGUAAUAAGCUUGGCCGAGAUCACCCUCGCACAGGUAUGGUAAUUUACUCCAUACGAGGCAUCUUAGGCUUAAUGGCGCGAAAACUCUGUCGACGAGGCUGGCUAUUUGACCUUCUAGGCCGUUCCCUUUAACUGGUAGAUAUUCCGAUGGCUUGUGGUCACCCCUUUCACCAACUUCCACGUAAGGACUAAAGGGGAGAACCAGUGCUACGACCAGGCGACCACCUGGAGCUAAAGACGACCUCAGACGUCGUAGUAAGGUGUUAGGUCGAUCGCAACGAUCCAACAGAUUCAGGCAGAGAAUCACGUCGAAGGGGCCGCUUUCGUACCAUUUCUCUACAUCCAGCACUCUAUAAAAUAAUAAAUAUAUAUAUUUUUUUCCAUUUUUAUUUCAUUCCGAAUGGGCAUAGGAUGGGCACAUGUUGUUUAAUAUAUUUCACAAAAGACGAUUAAUUCACACAAUCUGUUAAAGAUUUUCUUUUAUCAUCUUGUAUUAGGGUGUUGAUGAUUCGUUCAAUACCUUGAAAUUUUAUUAUUACGUGCAUGUUAUUUGAUCAAAGGUACAGGAAAUUAAUGUACCGUCUCUGCAGAUGUACGUAUGUAUGUAUAGGAUGAUUAUGGGUAACUUGAAAAUCAAAGAUUCUGAAUAGCCUGCUUUUAUGUAAAAUGUUGCAUAAUUUCUUUUUCUUUAGACUAAAAGAAAUAUACAAACGUGAAAUUAGAAAAUUCAGAUAUCACAUAUGCAAGUUUACGAUUAUAUCUUUAGAAAGAGUAUUUUAUUUAUUUUGUUUAUAUCCAUUGUUUCUAACAUGAACAUUUGAUUUGAAUGAAACUUGUACUUUCGGUACAAGUUUAAAACAGCGAAAAAAUCUAAUACAUUAUUUAUUAAAUUUUAAAAUAAUAAAGAAGAAAGAAUGAUAUAAUUUAAAUAAUUUAGUUUUUAAAUAUAAAUGCAGGGUGUAGCAUCUCUAUGUAG